UCGUUGUGCCGAAGCAUCAUAACGUUUUUUCGUAUAAAAAUAAAAUUCAUCAACUUUAUUAUUUAAGUUCGCGUAAAAAUGUCCAAACACAACGAUAGGAAAAGAAGAUCCAGACCAGAGUCAAGUGGAGAGGAUCGACCAAAACGGAUAAAAGGGGAUAAAUUCGAAAAAAUACAACAACAAGUUGAUAACCUCACAAAGAUAGUUCAAUCACUUGUGGAGGUCCAAAAGGAAAAGAACUCCCCAGCCAAAAUCAAAGGAAAAGAUAUACAAGAUGAAACUCUAGUAAUUGAUGAACUGGAAGAUAAAGAGAAUAACUCGAACAAUAUAAUCACAAUAGACGAUGAAGAAACAACAAUAAAUGAGAAUGCCUUAAAAGUUCUAGAACUAGAUUCAGAUGAAUUCACUUACAAAAAAGCAAAGUAUCACCCAGAACUUAUGAAGACAUGGCUUAAGUGGAAGAAUGAGAGAAUACCAGAGAAAAAUAAAAAACUCAUUCUGGAAUCAUAUGAUCAGAAAAGGCCAGUUGUUUGUUGAAGCCCCAAAAUUGAAGCUCGAAAUCUCUUCCUUUUUGUCAGACAUUGCCAAGAAAAAAGACCAACACUUUGUUGGAACAGAAAAUUAUGUGGGGACUGCUAUCGCUGCCCUAGGGGAUGUCGUUUCAUCCUUCCUUGACCCUCCAGAUGAAGGGUUAGAUGAAAGUGCCAUAGUAGACUCUACCAGCCACGCAGGCCCGAUACUAGUCGACGUUUUUCACCAACAAACUAUGGCUAGAAAAUCGUUCAUAACGCCACAGAUGAGUAAAAGCAUCAAACCAGUAGCUGAUAUAAUUUUCUCUGAUGAAUGGCUUUAUGGAGACAAUCUCAAGGACAAGCUGAAGGAGAUGGAAAAAGUAUGUUUAGAAAUGAAGGAUAAAGGCCCACAGAAACCAACCCCCAAACAGCAGUACGAGGGAAACUCGAAGUACCCACCUGCGAAGAGCCGUCAGGUGGGGCAACAACUUCAACAAAAACGGCCACUUUUCAACCCCGAGACGAAGAUACAGACGGCUUAUUCGAACUCAUCGAGGACACAUUCGGGGACAACGAACCAGUCAUCAUCAAGGAAAUAGCACAAGUAGAGACUAUUGCUGGGCGCCUACGUCAUUUCCGAGAGUCAUGGAAACAUAUCACCUCUGAUGAAUACAUAUUAAGCUACUUGUGUAGAUACAAAAUCCUUUUCACAAGACCACCAAAACAAGUAAUUCCUCCAAAGGUAAGAAUUCUAUCCUCUGAAGAAUCAAUGAACAUUCAAAAAGAGAUAGAUAAAUUAUUAAGCGAAGGUGCUAUAGAGAGAUGUGUCACUUGUGACGACCAAUUUAUCUCUUCUAUCUUCCUCAUCCCAAAACCUGAUGGCUCAAAUAGAUUUAUUAUUAAUCUUAAAGCUUUAAAUAAAUUUAUUAAUCCCACACACUUCAAACUAGAGGACAUCAGACCUGCACUCAGUUUAAUAUCCCCUGGAGAUUUCAUGGCUUCACUAGACUUAAAAGAUGCCUCUUAUCUAGUUCCCAUGGAUGAAGGUCACAAAAAAUGCCUAAGAUUUAGAUUCAAAGGAGAAUUAUUCCAAUUCUUGUGCCUCCCAUUCGGUCUAUGUACGAGUCCAUAUGUAUUUACAAAACUAAUGAAAUCUGUAGUAAAUACACUCAGACUACAAGGAAUGUUACUAGUUUUAUACUUGGACGAUGUUUUAUUUAUUAAUAAAUCAAAAACCUUAAGUGAGGAAAAUAUUCAAAAAGCCAGUAACCUUCUCGAGAACCUGGGGUUUAUCAUAAACUUACAAAAAACUCCCUUACUGCAGAUAGAAGAUGCAAAUAUCUAGGUUUCAUCAUAGAUUCAUCACGAUUUUCUUUAAAUUUGACAGAUAAAAAGAAAAAUCAAAUAGUGGAAUUUACAGAGUAUUUUGAAGUAGGCAAAGCCUAUAAAAUUAAAAAAUUUGCAAAAUUCUUAGGUGUUCUAACAUCAGAAUGUCCAGCAGUAGCUUAUGGAUUCACCCAUUGUAAGAGAUUAGAAGGACAAAAAUUAGUAGCACUAAAGUUCAAUGGUGGUAAUUAUGACGGGAAAUUAGUUAUCAAUACUCCCAUGAAGGAAAACCUCCAGUGGUGGAAGAGAAGUGCACAAUGGGCUCGAAUCCUAUAAAAACUCAGAUUUUUGCUUUAGAAAUUUUUUCAGAUGCUUCCCUAUCAGGCUGGGGUUGUUACAGUAAUGG